AUGAAAUAUAAAUCUAUUGACAAAUGUGAAGAUUCUGGACUGCUUAGCAGGGAGGCUCCAAGUGAACCGGUUACGUCCUCCGGUUUGAGCUCAGCCAGCACGGGGGAUGGUUGCGCACGCUCCCACUCUGGUGUGCGUACUGCGAGCUCGUAUGUCUUCAUCAUCAACUUGGCCAUCUCAGACCUGGUGCUUUGUCUGGCCACCACUCCACUCACGUUGCUCGAGAUCGUCCCUCAAUACUGGCCGCUCGGGGACACCCCCUUCUUGUGCAAGCUGGUGGGCACUCUGCAGGCCACGUCCAUCUUCGUCUCCACCAUAUCCAUCACGGCCAACGCUCUCGACAGAUACUACGUGAUUCUUCACCCGACGCGUCGCGCGCUGGGCACCUCGGGGGCGCUGUUCACCUUACCGGGCAUUUGGGCGUGCGCGCUGUUGCUGGCGAUGCCACAGUUCCUCUUCAGGACGCUGCAACACCACGACAUUGGCUUGCCAGGUCUCGACGCCUGCUCCAAUCCUGUGCUUUACGGAUGGCUCAACGACAACUUUAGGAAAGAAUUCAACGAGUUGUGGCUCAUACUCAUGCCAUGCCGACAUCGAUCCAUGUCAGCCAAAUCUAAAGUAUUCUCGAAUAAAAAAGAGGAAAAACUAGGUAAGCCAACUUCCGAGUCAAAAGAUCACCCAGAAAUAUGUCUUAUAGUUAAACGAGAUGAGAACUUCGCUGAUUUGUCGCACUGUUGUAGUGGGUAUGAAAUUAUUGCUCAACCUUUACAUUCUCCUCGUCCAAGAGUGGUAGACUUCAUCGAGUCUAACAGACCGUUUGAAAUAUCUAAUGGUUUGAUGGAUCUUUCGCUGUACGUAAAAUGCACAUCGGUGUGA